GAAAAAAUAAAAAGGAAAGAACAAAAAACAAUGAACAAUGACAGCAACAAAACUUUCCUGGGCCUCCCAGCUCAGGCCAGGAAACAUGCUGAAUUGGCCAAGAAUACACUGUUGACCUGGAAAGGAACCACAACCUCGGUUGAAGAGAAAAAGGAAGUCCUGGAAGUUUUAACCAUGCUCUAUGACACUCUGGGAGUGGUCCAGCUCCUCCGGAACCAUGGCCAACAGGCUUAUUUCCACCUGCAGAGGGCAGACAGAAAGAAGGAGCUGCAGAAAUUAAGGAAGGGAGAUGUUUGUGGAGUGCGAGUCAGAGAGAAAGACCUAACCAUUGCUUUGGGCAAAGAAAUCCUCUGCAUAGAGAGGCUGCAGCUUUGCUACUUUGAAAAGGCAACUGACAAUGUUCUCAUUGCCAAGGGUGAUGGCACAUCAGAUCUGGUCAGUGUGUAUGAGGAAAUUGCUCAUAUUGAGCCCACUGGGCUGAGGAAGAGCCAGCAGUAGGCCAUGCACUAUCUGAAGCCUUGA